GUCUCCUCUUCCUCUCCCUCCCUCUCUUCCAUCUAAACGAAAAAAACGAAUAAAGAUGGAUUCAUGAAUGCAUCAAGAAGAGGGAUUUCUUCUUUCAAACAAUAAUAAACUAACAUUCAUAAUUCUGUUUUCUUUUGUUAGAUUUAGGGUUUCAUAACCGAUUGGCUUCACAAAAUGGGCAUCAUAUCGGAGGAUAUCAUCAAACAAUUCCAGAAUUCCAUUGAAUCACUCGACGAUCAACUCCAGAAUACAUUUGAGAAUUUGCAUCACGGAUAUCCAGUUGAGGCUCUGGUUCGGUUUCUAAAAGCAAGAGAUGGAAAUAUCCCUAAGGCCCUCCAAAUGCUUGUUGAUUGCCUAGAGUGGAGGAUCCAAAACGAAAUUGAUGAUAUAUUGUCGAAACCAAUCGUUCCUGUUGAUUUUUAUAGAGGAGUCCGUGAUUCACAGCUUAUAGGAAUGUCAGGUUACACAAAAGAGGGGCGGCCUGUCUUCACUGUUGGCGUGGGGCUCAGCACAUACGAUAAAGCAUCAAUUCAUUACUAUGUUCAAUCACACAUCCAGAUUAAUGAAUACAGAGACCGGAUAAUAUGUCCAGCUGCGACGAAAAAGUUUGGCCAACACAUUGGCACAUGUAUAAAGAUUUUGGAUAUGACCGGGCUCACAAUAUCGCAACUCAGUCAGCUUAAGUUAUUGACGGUUAUAUCUAGCAUUGAUGACUUGAACUAUCCAGAAAUGACUGAUAUUUACUACAUUGUCAAUGCUCCGUUUAUAUUUUCAGCAUGCUGGAAGGUCGUGAAGCCUCUUCUACAAGAAAGAACAAGGAAGAAAGUACAGGUGCUUUCAGGUUGUGGAAAAGAUGAAUUAUUGAAGAUAAUGGAUUAUGAUUCUCUCCCUCAUUUUUGUAAAAGUGAAGGCAGUGGAUCAGGAUCAGCAAAACACAAUAGAACCCGCGCAGGCGAUGACAAUUGUUUCUCAUUGGACCACGGGUUUCACCAGGAGCUUUAUAACUAUAUUAACAAACAAGCCGAGGCCGUGGAGUCACGAGUCAUGGUCUCACAAAAAUCGUUUCAUGUGGCUUUUCCUCAACCGGAUCCAAACGAUGAAAAGAUUGCACAAACUAUAGAAUCUGAACUUCAAAAGUAUAGUGAUCCGAAUGGUGUGGCUGAUAAACUAGAUGACCUUGCAAUAAAGGAAGAUGAAGAAAAGAAAUGAAAUGGAAAGGUGGCGGAGCUAUGGCGGUCGCCACCUUAUGCCGCCAAUGUGUUGAAUACCUCUUGUGGAUUAUGAGGAUUAUAAAAAAAACAAAAAAAAAAUUAAAAAAAAAAAACAGUGAUGUUAAAUUUAUGUUGUAACUUAUAACUUUGGUUUUAUGAGGGUGAGUCUUGUGGCUUUCCCCUAUUGUUUUCUCCCUUUGUUUAAAAGUCAAAAUGUUUGACUUUAGAUGUCAAAAUGUAUUUGUUCAGAUUUUUGAAUGAAUGUAAUAGAGGGAGAAGAAAAGAAAUUUGUUACAGUGAAUUAUAUAUGACUAUGAAACUUAAUAGUAUUCUAAUGCUAA